AUGCCUCUAGUUCGCAAACGCCGAGCUGAACAACAGCUCGAAUCUGACAAUGACGAUGAAGUUUCAACUCCGGUCGCAGGCCCGGUCUCUACAGAGAAUGCUCGUCGCCGUCUCAGACGCACGUCAGACUCGGAAAGCGACGACGACGCCGACCUGGACGACGCUCGCGCCCCGAGUUCUAUGGAUGUUAUGGUUAAGAAGCUGGUCCGGCUUGCGCUGGCGAGCGAGCUAUCGCGGCAACCGAUCCGCCGCACAGAUAUAAGCACAAAGGUCCUGGGGGAACAGGGGUCACGCCAGUUCAAAAUGGUCUUCGAGAUGGCGCAGAAGACAUUACGAGAGACGUUCGGGAUGCAAUUGGCCGAGUUGCCGGGGAAGGAGAAGGUGACUAUUCAACAACGAAGAGCCGCCCAAAAAGUCGACAGACCCUCGUCCACAAACAAAUCCUGGAUUCUUACGAGUACCCUUCCCCUUGCGUAUAGAAAGCCGGAGAUCCUUCCACCGACAAGAGCGCCUCUUGAAGGCAUCUAUAUCGGGCUGUAUUCCUUCAUCAUUGCCGUGAUUCUGCUCAAUGGCGGUUCUUUGCCGGAGCAGAAACUCGAGCGCUACCUCAAGCGUACCAAUGCUGAUACGUACACGCCCAUCGAUCGUACGGACCGGUUUCUCCAGCGUCUAUGUAAGGAUGGAUAUCUCAUCCGUAAUCGGGAGAUGGACGGCGGAGAAGAAAUCAUCGAGUACAUGGUAGGGCCGCGCGGUAAGGUUGAGGUGGGCGUUCAGGGAGUGGCCGGGUUGGUGCGGGAAGUUUACGGUCGUCAGGGCGCUGUUGAAGGGGACGAUUCCACGCCUGCGGAGCGAGCGCAGAUGGAGGAAUUCGAGUCGCGGCUGGCUCGGAGUCUAGGUAUCAGGCGACCUGGGGCUGGGGUGGCUGAUAAUCAAGACGAAAGCGGAGAUGACGAAGGUGGUGAGGCACCAGGGCGAAGUCGAAGACGUCGCGGUGCUGGUUCCGAUGACGAGGCAGACGACGACAGUGAUGGUUAA